AUGUGGGGCAUGUCUUCCGUCUUUGUCGACGGCCGCGCGUUAUAUGUUCACGGCGGUCGAAUCCUUCAACAGAGCUCCUCUCCAGCCAUGAUCUCGACAAGCAUCACCUUCUCCCUUGACCUCUCCACAGCCUGGGAGGCCAGUCAGCCCAACUUCACCUUAAUGACGACCGAGGGCCCCACGGACUACCUCUUUACCUCGACGCUGAUUUUGAACGACAAUGCCUGGAUCAUGAUCAGUAACGCGACAGGGAGUCUUCUCCGCCUCGACAGAACUGUAGAUAUCUGGUCCGAGGUGACGUUUGGCGCCAACAUUGUCAGCAAGGACAAGGGACUCGCUGCAGCCACGGAUCCUAUCACGGGCUCGAUCUAUAUUAUCAACGGUGGACUUGAAAACAGCGUCAAGAAGUUGUUUACGUAUAACAAUGUCUUGAACCAGUACAAGGAGAUUGGGCAGACUGUGCCAAUGGAGAGUGGGUUUGCAGCGUCCUGGUCGGUCGAACGCAAGCGCAUGUAUAUUCAUGGAGGAGUCCAAGGGAAUGUACUCCAGUCAGUGCUCUACGAAUUCCUUCCCAGCAAUGACGCCCCCCUCAUCCAGUCCGUCACAACUUCCGGAGACGCUCCGACAGCGCGACAAGGUCACUGCAUGGUCUCUGCGUACGGAGGGGCCAAGAUGGUUGUCUUUGGUGGCUUCGGGAACGGAAACACACCAUUGGGCGACAUCUAUUUCCUCGAGAGCAACAGUACUGGUACCAAAUGGACCAAAGGAACCAACGGGGACGCUUCGGUAGCGCGCGCUCACACUGCCUGUGCAGUCACGAACGACCUUUUUGUGGCCUGGGGCGGAACCCAGGACGGAGUGAACACCGUUACAAGCAACAUCACAAUCGUCUACAACCUCAAGACUAACCAAUGGCAGACCAAUUAUUCGCCACUUCCCUAUGUCGCACCCCCAACAGCGACAACGCCAGGAACAGGAUCUGGAACAGGAGCAGGAGCAGGAGCAGGACUCAAACCCACCGACGCUGGUGGAGCUACUGACUCGGCAUCAGGCGGAUCCAGCACUGGAGCUAUUAUCGGAGGAGUUGUUGGAGGAUUGGCUGUCAUUGGAAUCGUAGUGGGAUUGUUCAUCUAUCGAAAGCGACAGGCCAAGAACAUAACCGACAACGCCGACACCGCUGCGUCCAAACCUCGGUCAGUUCACAAGGAAAACAUCAACCUUGUCGAUAACAACGGUCAUUUUGACGAGGUCCCCGUCACUGUUGCUCCUCCAAAGUACAACAUUUUCCAACCCUUGUCAACAACGUCGAGCGCAGCCGCCGGACCUAGCUACCAAUUGGCUUACAUAGAUCAUUACCGACAACAGGAGCAACAGCAGCAACAGCAAUAUCGCUACCCCCAGGACCGACAACAGCUGGAAGAAGCGCACCUCAGUACAUCACAAACGGCUCCCUUUGCAGCCUCGUCGCCUGUCAAUUCUGCCUACACUAGCACGGUCAACUCAAGUCCACGCCCGGCAAUCAUGCACAACAUCAAGCCAAGGAUAAACACGAACGAUACCGAGUUGUUGUACCUGCCCGAGACCCGACACCCUCAUACCCUCGGUGAUGGAGAGAUCUUUAUGGACAUCCACACCCCAAACAGACACCCCCACACCCAACCACAGUAG